GAAGGGGGACACUGGCGCCGAAAUGCGCGUGCCCGGCCGCACUCAGCCACUGUUGCUCACGUUACCGCAGCCCGCCGUCGCCGCUUGGGCGUUGGGGGCGCGUCUGGGAGAUGGCGGGCGGCUAGCGGGCCCGCGCGGAUGUCCCGGCGCUGGAGGGUGGUCAAGCCGGGAGGCGUGGUCGUGCGCCGCGAGGCGAAUUUGGCGUCCCCCGCCAUCGACGCGAAGUUGUGCCACGGCGCGGUCGUUCGCGAGCUGGAGUUGCGUGGCCUCCGGCUGCAGUACGAAAUCGGCGGCGAGGACGUCGGGUGUGGCCCACGCCUGGGCUGGGUCACGGUCGCCUUGGGCAGCGGAGAGGUCUUGCUGGAGCCCGAGGGGGCGGAGCCACCGCCACCGCCUCUGCCGCGUCUCGCCGCUGGCACUGUGCCAGGCGACCGCCACAUGCACACCGACUCGGACGGCGUGCUGCGAGGCCACUGCGUCGGCUGUGGCGGCUGCAGCUUCUGGCGCUGCAGCACCUCCGUCGGCGUGCAGUGGUCACGGGGCGCGCCGCGCAGGCGAGCGGCCGGCCCUCGGCCGUGUGGCUGCGCUGCAGAGGACGAUGCGGGGCGCUGGGAGCGGUGCGAGGCUUGCGGUUGCCACGCGCACUUGCACGCGGACCUCACGCCGUGGCUCCAGAGCGUCUUCGACUGCCUCCACGAGUUCCGGCGCUUCGGGGCCAACGGCGUACGGAGGCAUCUCCCAGCCAGGUGCCAUCUUCCAACCGACGCGUACCAAGGGUGGCGCCUCGAGGACGUGGCGCUCUUCGUCCUCACCGGCAGCUUGCUCGAUCCGCGUGCUGCGGGCACGCCGCCCGACCCGGCACCGUGCGCAGAGAGCCGCGGCAUCCAGGCUGGCCCGCUGAUCUCAGUGUGCGUGCCGACCAGCACCCGGCGCCAUCGAUUUCACCGGCUGGUCUACAGGAAUUUCGUCCGGCAGACCCACGAGCCCAAGCAGCUCGUGGUCGUGGACACGGGGUCGCGGCCGUCCCCGUUCUUCCGCGGCCACGAGCCGACGGCAGACUCGCGCGAGGCGUCCGCAGACGCGCGCGUCCUGUACCGCUUCUUCCAGGUCACCGACGCCACCGAGGAGAAGCUGGAGCUGUCGCGCGGGCUGCAAGGAGUCGGCCCCCUUCUCGGCAUCGGGUGGUCGCUGGGCCUGAAGCGGAACAUCGCGGUGCACCUCUCGGAGGGGGAGGUGCUGGCCCACUUCGACGACGACGACCUGUACGCGCCAGGGUACCUCGCUUUCAUGCUGGGCAGGCUGCUGGACACGGCGCGGGCGAGGGGCCCGGAGUGGGAGGACGGCGCGCGCCGGGGCGAGCGCCCGGCGAUCGUGACGCUAUCGGAGUGGCACACGUUCCACCUGCUCGACCGCACGUUUGCGUACCUGAACCCCAAGGUCGACCGCGGGGUGCCGCGCGCGUGGCUGGACGAGAUGGUGUACGGCUGGGGCUUCUCCUACGUCUACACCCGUGCCGCCUGGAGGGCUCAGCGCUUUCCGGACCGCGAGACCUGGGAAGACAACGAGUUCAUCAACGGCCUGCGGAGGAGGAAGGACGUGCUCGUGAAGCCCGUCGCGAGGCCAGGAGACGUCGCUGCCCUGGUGGCCCACACGCUGCACCCCGACAGCACCAGCGGCGGCGAGUUCGACGGCUUCAGGAGAUUGGGCCAGGCGGUGCGCGGAACGCCGAGGGGCUUCGAGGAGCUGCUGCCGCUGGCAGAGGCGACCCUGAGGUGGAGGCCUUUCGUGCUGCCAGACCAGCGGGUGCCCCUUGCGCCAGACGUGCAAGAGCACCUCCGCACGGGGCAGGCCGCCGCCCCAGCCGAGGCGAGCCAGGACGUCGCGGCCGCGGACCCAGAGACGCAGAAGGCCAAGCACGCCUCGAGCCCGCAGUCGCAGCAGGCCGAGACACCCUUAGAACAGCUGCGCACGCUCCCGCAGCAGGGCACCGCGGCUGCGGACGCACUGCCGCGGCAGGCGGAACCGCCCCUGGAGUUGCAGCCCCCGCAGCAGGGCGCCGAGCCUUCAGUCCAACAGCCACAGCAGGCCGACCCCUCCAUGCAACAGCUGUGCGUACUCUCGUUGCAGAGCACCGCGGCUGCGGACGCACUACCGCAACAGGCGGAAUUGCCCCUGAGGCUGCGGCCUCCGCAGCAGGCUGAGCCUUCGGCCCCGCAGCCACAGCAGGCCGACCCUUUACUGGAACAGCUGUGCGUGCACCUGCAGCAGAGGCCCGCGGCUGCGGACGUACUGCCGCAGCAGGCAGAACUGCCCGUGGAGUUGCGGCCCACGCAGCAGGGCGCCGAGCCUUCGGUCCCGCAGCCACAGCAGGCCGACCCCUCCAUGCAACAGCUGUGCGUGCACCCGCAGCAGGGCACCGCGGUUGCGGACGCACUGCCGCAGCAGGCGGAAGUGCUCCUGGAGUUACGGCCCCCGCAGCAGGGCGCCGAGCCGUCGGACCCACAGCUACAGCAGGCCGACCUUUCACUGGAACAGCUGUGCGUGCAUCCGCAGCAGAGCCCCGCGGCUGCGGACGCACCGCCGCAGCAGGCGGAACCGCCCCUGGAGUUGCGGCCUCCGCAGCAGGACGACGAGCUUUCAGACACACCGCCACAUGAGGCCGACCCUUUUGAACAGCUGUGCGCGCACCCGAAGCAGCGCACCGCGGCUGCGGACACACUGCCGCAGCAGGCAGAACCGCCCCUGGAGUUGUGGCCUCAGCAGCAGGGCGCCGAGCCUCCGCCACAGCUGCAAAAAACUGAGCCUUCCCUGGAACAGCUGCGCAUGCCACUUCAGCAGGGCAAGGCGGCUGUGGACUCACUGCCGCAGCAGGCGGAACCGUUCUUGGAGCUGCGGCGCCCGACAUUCCCGCAGGAAGACGCAGUGGCUUCGGGCCCAAAGCCGCAGAAGGCCGAGACCCUUGUGGAACCGUUGCGCAUACCCCCGCAGCAGGACACCGCGGCCCUGGACGCAGUGCCGCAGCAAGCGGAACCGCCCCUGGGUCUGUGGCGCAGUGCUCUGCAGCAGGCUUGUCCAACAGCCUCGGCCCGGCGCUGUCAGUCCAAGGAGGAGCGGCCCACUGGCGGUUGCACCACGUCCAUGGAGAAGAUCGCCAAGGCUUGCAACCUGCGGCAGCGCGGAUUCUCCGCCCGACGAACUUCUGGGAAAAACGUUGGGGCGCUAUCCGAGAGGGAGAUGUUGCUGCUGGCCAAGAGACUAGACAACAUGACCUCAAAAAUGGAGGCCAUGGUGCAACAGCUGAGUCAAGACAGGAGGACUGUCGUAGACAUCGUCGGGGCCCUGGCCGACAUCGACGCUGCCGGUCGGUCCUGCUACGAGAACGGCCUGCAGCUCAAGAAGGACACCGUUGAGAGCAUCGACCGUGGCCCUGCGGACGCAGCAUUCGGGGACAAGUCGUGCUUGGAGCCAGGCCGGGUGUCUCUCGGCAAGGCUGGGGCGGAGGCUCCGUCUGGCGACAGAUGUGCCGCCGCCGAUGCCAGGCGGGCUGUCCUGCCAGGGCCUGCAGCCCAGCGGGCUGCCGCAAGGCUCGGGGCAGUCGACGAGGAGCACGGCCUCGAGAAGGCGACCACCGUUGGCGCGGCGGAGGCCGAGGACCAGGAGGAACCCUGCGGGGGAGGCAGCCGCGAGGCGGCUGUCCUGCCCCCGGCGAAGCCAGCAGGGGACGGCGACGGCAGGGCAGCGGCCGCGCGGAGGCCACCGAGGUCAGUCGAGGGUUCGCACGCACACGAGAACCAGUCUGUCGCCCUCCUGAUCCGCAGGUUCGACAGCCUGCCACACCCGUGCGCGCUGGGCCCUGGGCGGGAAGACCCGCGCAAGGCCGGGGUGCGGCGCCCGCGGGGCCGGUGCCGAGUCUCGCCUGCUGCCGCGGCGGUGCAGCGGCCGCAGCGGCGCGGCGGAGCGGCACCCGAGAUCGAGGCAGGGUGCGCCGUCGCCGAGCCCCAUGGCGAUGGCCGCAGAUUGGUGGCACUCGGCGGAGGCUGCGGCGCGGCGGCUCAGACCGCGGCCGAGCCCGCGGCAGAGCUGGGGGUCGAGGAUCGAGGGAGGGCUGGCGCAGAAGCCCGCGGUGAGGUGUCGGGCGCCCUCGCCGAGCCCGCGGCAGCGCCCGCGGACGGUGGCCGCGGGGAGGCGGCGGACCAGGAGAGGCUCGGCAGAGACGGUUGCGUCGGUGCGGCCGACGCUGCGGCAGAGCCUCGACCGGCAGAGCCCGUGGGGCUUGGCCGCGGGGCGGCGGCGGCCGCUGGCCCGACUCCCACGGCGGGCUGUGCGGCCCACUCCGUCGCCGAUUGGAUCCGACAGCUCGAUAGCCUGCCACGGCCGACCGCGCUGGGCCCUGGGGCGACGCAAGCUGCGCCCCGCGGGGGGCGGCAGGUGCGCCCAAGCCAGGAGGGCCUGCGUGGAGCCGCUGUCCGACGCCGAAGAAGUCGAUGCCGGUUCUUCGCCUCCGUCGCGGUGGAGGAGCGCCCGAGGCGUCGCGGCGAAGCGGCAGCGGCUGCAGGCGCGCCAGAUGUCGAGGAAGGGUGCGCCGUCGCCGAGCCCGAUUGCACUGGCCGUGGGCGGGCGGCGUUCGGCGGAGGUUGCGGCGAGGCGGCUCAGACCGCCGCCGAGGCAGGCCCCGCGGACGGUGGCCGCGGGGAGGCGGAGGACCAGGAGAAACUUGGCAGAGACGUUUCCGACGAUGCCGGCGACGCUGCAGCAGAGCCUGUGGAGGACUGCCUUUGCAAUGCAGCGGUGGCCGGCGCGCUACAUGCCAACGAGAUGCCCGCAGAGUGCUGCGUCGGCCAGUCUGUCGCCCAAUUGAUCCGUCAGCUCGACAGCCUCCCACGGCCGAUCGCGCUCGGCCCUGGCGCGACGCCAGCCACGCCCCGCGGGGGACGCUUACGCAAGCCCGCGGUCCGACGCCGAAGAAGUCGAUGCUGGUUGUUGGCGCAGGCCGUAGCUUUGGACAGCCCGAAGCGUCACGGCGAAGCGGCAGCGGCUGCAGGCGCGCCAGAUGUCGAGGACGGGUGCGCCGUCGCCGACCCCGCAAUCCCCACGGACGGUGGCCGCGGAGAGGCGGAGGACCAGGAGAAAUUUGGCAGAGACGUUUCCGUCGAUGCAGACGGCGACGUUGCAGCAGAGCCUGUGGAGGACUGCCUUUGCAAUGCAGCGGUGGCCGGCGCGCUACAUGCCAACGAGAUGCCCGCAGAGGGUUGCGUCGGCCAGUCUGUCGCCCAAUUGAUCCGUCAGCUCGACAGCCUCCCACGGCCGAUGGCGCUGGGCCCGAUUGCCAUGGAGCCGAUCGCGCUGGAUGUCGAGGCAGGGUGCGCCGACGCCGAGCCCGAUGGCGAUGGCCGUGGGUGGGCGGCACUCGGCGGAGGUCGCGGCGAGGCGGCUCAGACCGCCGCCGAGCUCGCGGCGGGGCUGGAGAGCGAGGAUCGAGGGACAUCCUGCGAAGAAGCCUGCAGCAGGGUGGCUGAUGCCGCUGGUGAGCCCGUGGCUGCCGAGGCGCUGGGGCCCGAGGGCCUGGGGAGGCGCUGCGGGGAGACCCGCAGAGAGGUGUCGGGCGCCCUCGCCGAGCCCGCGGCAGCGCCCGCGGACGGUGGCCGCGGGGCGGCGGCGGACCAGGAGAGGCUCGGCAGAGACGGUUGCGUCGGUGCGGCCGACGCUGCGGCAGAGCCUCGACCGGCAGAGCCCGUGGGGCUUGGCCGCGGGGCGGCGGCGGCCGCUGGCCCGCUGCACGCCACGGAGCCUCCCACGGCGGGCUGUGCGGCCCACUCCGUCGCCGACCUGAUCUGCCGCUUCGACGGCAGACGCGGCGGCCGCGCCGCCCAGCUCUGCCGAGCGGCCGCCGCCGGGGCGCCGGAGGCCCGAGGUGCCACAGGUGGGCCUCGAGGCGGCGGGAGGCCCGCUGGCGAGGGCGGCGCGGCGGGGCCCGCGGAGGCCGGGCGCUGGGCGGCGGCGCCGGCCGGGGCAGCAGGGGCCGAGGGUGAGAGUGCGCGGGCGAGCUCCCGCGGGGUCGGCGAGGACACCGCGGGGCGGCCCCGCGGCGCUGCGGCGGCGGCGCCCGAGGGCGCGGGGGCCCGGGCGCCCCAGGGCGCGCGCAGCGCGGCGGCCUUCGGCGCGGGCGCCGCUG